AUGCCGAACCAUCGUUUACCGAAGGGGGUACUGUUUUCCAUGCCCAAUUCGGAGUGGCGUAAACAGAGAGGUGGCCAACCCAUGACUUGGCAGAGGAGUAUGAAGGAGAUCACGAAACGCUUGGGUGCUGUCGGUGCUACUCGCCUUCCAGGAUGGGGACCGCAACAUGUUCUACAAAUCCGUUUCUGUAUGGUUCAACUGAUUCCGAAGUACAUUUUCUUGGUUGUUGAUCAGGUGGCUGUUGAUCUGUGCACCGAGCUUGGCAAUCGGUUUGCAAAAGUUUCGUCACCAUACGAGGAGACGUCAUCAGUGCGCAGUUAA